AUGUACGUCAUCGACGAUCUGAACUGGGAUAUGAUCCUGGGUAAACGAUGGAUGGAAGACCAGGAUGUUCACAUCCAUGCGAAGGAAGGAUAUCUCGAGAUCGGGUCCAAUGGAGUCCAAUACCACAAGUGGUCUCGAGCUUUCUCUCAGCAACUGGCCGACCAGCUGCCCCCUCAUCGGCCAGGUGUGGACCUGAAGAUCGAAGUGCUGAAAGACGAGCAUGGCCGAGAGGAGCCCCUACCCUGGGGACCGCUUUACAGCAUGUCCCGCGAGGAGCUAUUGGUGCUACGAAAGACCCUCACAGAACUACUCGACAAGGGAUUUAUUAGAGUCAGCAGCUCGCCAGCCGCAGCACCAGUCCUUAUGAGGGACCGCUAUCCCUUGCCUUUACUGAGCGAGACCUUGCGAACGAUAGCCAAGGGUCGCCCUGGCGACGAAGAAAAGACAGCCUUCAGAACGCGCUAUGGAUCCUUCGAAUGGCUGGUAGUUCCAUUCGGCCUGACAGGCGCACCAGCAGCCUUUCAGCGGUAUAUUAACAGCGUGCUCCAGGAUUACCUCGAUGAUUUUGUGUCAGCGUAUAUCGACGAUGUCCUGAUCUUCUCCUCUGGAAGCCUGCAAGACCACCGCGACAAAGUCGGCAAGGUCCUCCAACGACUGAUGGACGCUGGGCUGCAACUGGACAUCAACAAGAGCGAAUUCGAAGUCAAGGCUGUGAAAUACCUUGGGUUCAUCAUCGAGGCGGAGUGUGGGAUCCGAGUCGACCCAGAGAAGGUUGAGGCUGUGAAGGGAUGGGCAACCCCGACGAAUAUUAAAUCCGACGUGCCAUUCCGUUGGGAUGGAUUGUGCGAAGAAGCCUUCGAGAAGCUCAAGGACCUGUUGAUCACGGCCCCGAUCCUGCACACUUCCAUCCAGAAAGGAGACUAUCGUGGAAGCGGACGCUUCAGGAUUCGCAAACAUUCGGCAGCCGAAGCGAACUACGCUAUCCAUGACAAGGAGCUACUCGCCAUUCUCAGAUGUUUGGAGCAGUGGGAACCAGAGCUACGGGCAGUAGAGCACUUCAAGAUCCUAACGGACCACAAGAACCUGAGAUACUUCUACUCGGAAAGGAGGUUGACAGAGAGACAAGUGCGGUGGUCGGAGUUCCUGUCCAAGUUCCAAUUCAAGCUCGAAUGGAGGCCGGGCCGCAAGGGCGGAUUGCCUGACGCGCUCUCUCGACGGGACCAGGAUAUGCCGGCAAACUACUCCGAUGAACGACUAAAGGGACGCAUUAUGAGGCUAUUCCAAGACGACCACCUUAGAAGGGUCCCAAUAUCGACAUUGUCUACCAACACCGAUGGUGCCCAGGAAAUCAACUUCGGAAAAGAGAUCAGGAUAUUUGAAGAUGAGGAGUUACAGCAGCUGUGGCACGCCGCACGCCAAGAAGACAAGCUCUAUCAAGAACUCACGAAGCUGGUAGCAGAUGGAGCGAAGAACAAUAGGGGCCUGCUGUGCUUUAGAGAACGCGUCUGGAUACCCGGUUCGGAGCCGCUACGUACGAAGAUCAUCCAGGAAACUCACGACUCUCAUAUCACCGGACAUCCUGGAAGGGACCUCACGUACUCGACUCUGUCGAGACGCUUCUUCUGGCCGGGUGCCGCUAGCGAUGUACGUCGAAAGGACUCCUAA